AUGGCAACGGCUUCCACUGUUGCUCAUCCAAAGAUGGCGGACGAGGAGAAUGCCCCAUCGCUCCCACUUGCUUCCGAAGCCAAGAAACGUCGGGCACCUAAAGCUCCAGAGCUUCCCAUUGUGGAGAGGAGAAACUGGCUAAUACACCAGCACUAUAUCCGCAAAGAUUAUGACACCUGUAAGGCGAUCAUCAAAGAGCAGCUGCAGGAGACCAAUGGAAUGUGUGAAUAUGCCAUAUAUGUUCAAGCACUAAUCUUGCGUCUUGAGGGCAAGAUCCAAGAGUCCCUGGAGCUGUUUCAGAGCUGUGCCAUCCUUAAUCCCAACAGCACUGACAAUUUGAAGCAAGUGGCCAGAUCAUUAUUUCUCCUGGGAAAGCACAAAGCAGCUAUUGAAUUCUAUCAUGAAGCUGCGAGGCUCAACGAGAAAGACUGGGAGAUCAGUCAUAAUCUGGGGGUGUGCUAUUUCUUCAUCAAAGACUUCAAAAAUGCUGAAGAGCAUCUAAACGCAGCUCUCCAGUUCAACAAACACGACAAGACUUUCAUGAUGCUCGGCAAGGUUCAUUUGCUGGUGGGAGAUUCUGACAGGGCCAUCGAAGUGUACAAGAGGGCAGUGGAAUUUUCUCCGGAGAACACUGAACUCCUGACUACUCUUGGCCUGCUGUUUCUACAGCUUGGGAAAUACCAAAAAGCUUUUGAGCACCUUGGAAAUGCCCUCACGUUUGACCCCAACAAUUAUAAGGCCAUCCUGGCUGCUGGCAGCAUGAUGCAGACCCAUGGUGACUUUGAUGUGGCCAUGAACAAGUACCGAGUGGCGGCAUGUGCUGUGCCCGAGAGCCCCCCUCUCUGGAACAACAUCGGCAUGUGCUUCUUUGGCAAAAAGAAAUACGUAGCUGCCAUCAGCUGCCUGAAGAGAGCCCAUUACUUAUCUCCUUUUGACUGGAAAGUGUUGUACAACCUGGGUCUGGUGCACCUGACCAUGCAGCAGUACGCUUCUGCCUUCCACUUCCUCAGCGCAGCCAUCAACCUCAACCCAAGGAUGGGGGAUCUCUACAUGUUGCUGGCAGUGGCUCUGACCAAUUUGGAGGAUGUAGAAAACGCCACCAGAUCGUAUGAACAAGCUGUGAUUCUGGACGAAUCCAACCCUCUGGUCAACCUGAAUUUUGCAAUUUUCUUGUACAAUCAUGGUGAUAAGAAGGGAGCUCUGGAUCAAUAUCAGGAGAUGGAGAGGAAAGUCAAUGUGCUGAGAGACAGCAGUAGCAGCUUUGAGUUUGAUUCUGAGCUAAUGGACAUGGCUCAGAAGAUGGGAGCUGCCCUUCAGGUGACAGAGAGUCUGGUGUGGACUAAACCAUCCAAAGACUCCAAGUUAAAACCAAACUCAGCAGCAGCAACCAAAACCCCCGGUGCUCCCCUUGGUACUAACCAAGCCCUGGGUCAGGCCAUGUCUUCUGCUGCCAGUUACAACAGAAACAUCCAGCUACCAACAGGAGUUUCUAAAGGCCCCUCCGUGCCCCUUGAGUCAGAACCUGAUGUGGAAAAAGCCCCCAGCCCACCCUCUGAUCCUCCAGGCUCCCCAGAACCUGCAGAGGCAGAAAAUCCCAAACCCAAAACUUCUAAGAAGAAAUCAAAGGUGGAAGAAUGA